AUGUAUCUUGGUUUACCAUCUGAAAAUCGCAGACAAGAUUUCUUAAAAAUUCCUGAACACUCUAAAGGAUUAGAACUUGAUAUUUAUUAUCCAGAAUAUGGCUUUGCAAUCGAAGUACAAUAUUUAGUAUUUUUUCAUAGAGGCGAUCCUAAUCAUGUUAUCAAACAGCAACUGGAACGGGAUUCGGAAUCGGAAGCAGAGCUUAUUCUUAAGGAAUUGGUGGCUCUUGUAAGAUCUGAUUCUUGUCUGAGAAUACGAUCCGAACGUCGUGUAGGUUCAACUGGUUCAACUACUAUUUUUUGUUUUUUUGAAGCUUUUCGUGUCUCUUGUUGA